AUGACCUUUAAACCUGUACAACUAGCUUUCGAAAAGUUUUCUGCUGCUGCCCCAAAGAAGCCCCCAGUUCUCAUCCUCCACGGACUACUGGGAUCCAGAAAAAAUUGGAAAUCCUUGUCAAGCCACUUUGUUUCUAAACUAGACAGAGAUGUGUACAACAUCGAUCAAAGAUGCCAUGGAGAAUCACCUGGCGUUGGCCCUCUGUCGUACCAAUCUUUAGCUUUCGAUACUCAUAAUUUCAUGAAAUCACAAGGCAUUGAAAAGGCUUCUAUCAUCGGUCACUCUAUGGGAGGAAAAACUGCCAUGGCAACUGCCUUGUUAUACCCAGAGACGGUUGAAAAACUAGUCGUCGCCGAUAAUUCCCCUAUAUUUACCCAGCUUCCUGAAAAAACCAAAGUUUAUAUAAAGGCUUUGAUGCGUAUUGAUGAAGCGAACGUAAAAAGACAAAGCAGUGCAGACAGCAUGCUAAAGGAAGUCGAGAAGGAGACUUUAGUCCGAGCAUUCCUACUCUCUAAUUUAAGAAAAAGCCCCGAGAAUGUUUUCAAAUCCCAGAUCCCUCUUGAAAUUAUCUACAAUUCUCUCCCUGAUUUAGCAGGAUUCUCCGUGAACGAACGCCAUGCUGAUCAAUAUACGGGACCGACGUUGGUUAUUAAAGCCAAACACAGUACCUUUGUACCGGACGAAGCUUUACCCGUGUUCAGAAAGAUGUUUCCAAAUUAUAGAAUGGAAACCUUGGAUUGUGGUCAUUGGGUUCACUAUGAAAAAGCCCAAGAAUUUACCGGACAUGUAGUAGAAUUUUUAAAGUAA